GCGUCCAAAGUCCAACCAGAUCGCUUCCAGCUUUUUCGAAAACCCCUCACAGCGAAUUCCCCUUCCUCCCUCGUCCAGUUUAGUUUCUCAGUCUAUAAAUCUUUUACGUUUCUCUUUCUCUCUCUAAAUCGAUCUCGUUCCAUGUCUUCUUCUUCUUCGCUUCUGGUUCUUCCGUUUCUGUUCUUGAUCUCUGAAGCUCUGGACUUAUCAUCUGUAGCCUCAGUCGGAUCUCGUUCCAUUCUCAGAGCCGUCGUCGUCAACAGCGGCGACCAGCCGGACUUCGCCGUCGAAUUGAACGCCUCGAACUUCGAUGCGGUUCUAAGGGAGACACCGGCAACGUACGCGGUUGUGGAGUUCUUCGCCCACUGGUGCCCAGCUUGUAGAAAUUAUAAGCCACAUUAUGAGAAAGUAGCUAGGCUUUUUAAUGGACCUGAUGCAGCACAUCCAGGAAUCAUAUUGAUGACCAGGGUAGACUGUGCCUCGAAGAUAAAUAAUGAACUUUGCAAUAAGUUCUCUGUGGGUCAUUAUCCUAUGCUUCUCUGGGGCCCUCCUUCCAAAUUUGUUGCGGCUGGUUGGAAACCUAAACAAGACAAAAGUGAGAUACGAACAAUUGAUGAUGGACGGACAUCUGAUCACUUGCUUAACUGGAUUAACAAGCAAAUGGGCAGCUCAUAUGGCUUGGAUGAUGAGAAAUAUGAGAAUGAGCAUCUUCAGUCAAAUGUUUCAGACCCUGGACAGAUUGUUCAAGCUAUAUAUGAUGCUGAGGAGGCAACAUCAACUGCUUUCAGUAUCAUUCUAGUGCAAAAGCAGAUGAUCAAACUGGAGACUAGGGCAUCACUUAUAAAAUUUCUUCAACUUCUUGUGGCUCAUCAUCCAUCUGGGAGGUGCCGGAAGGGAAGUGCAGAAUUCCUAGUGAACUUUGAUGAGUUGUACCCUGCUGAUAGUUUUUCAGCCAUCAAGCAAGAAAAUAUCAUUGUUAAAGGAAAGGGUUCUCUAGGGAGCUUCCCAAUUUGUGGAAAAGAAGUUCCUCGUGGAUAUUGGAUGUUUUGCCGCGGCAGCAGGAAUGGUACUAGAGGCUUCAGGACCUAUCAUUGGGGAAGACAAUUGGCAGUGCUAAGGAAUGCGAGGGACUACUACUUUGAUGACGCUCACAUGAAAGGAAUCUUGAACUCAAGGGGAGGUGUGGGAAAACAAACAGACAGUGAGACACUUGUCUACUCAAGGAGACCUAAAUCAAAGCCCAAUGAGACUCUCGCAUCUGAAGCACCAAAAGAGUUUGAACUGGUGAUAGCUCCGACUACUCAUGAGACAAAACCCAAUCCUGACCAGGUAAAAAAUCUCGAUGACUUACCCAUUACUCUUAGAAAAAAACCUCGUUCAUGUACUCUCCAUCCUAUCUCAAAAUUUGUAUCUUACAAUGCUCUUUGUGCCAAGUGUUGUGCUUUUACGUCUAACCUUGACAGAAUCCAGAUUCCUAAGAAUAUUCAAGAAGCUUUGGAGAUUCCAGAAUGGAGAGAAUUAGUGAUGGAAGAAAUAAGUGCAUUAGAAAAAAAUGGAACUUGGGAGGGAUGAUGUUGCCAAGGGGGAAGAAACCGGUCGGUUGUAAGUGGGUGUUCACGGUGAAGUACAAGGCAGAUGGCACAGUAGAACGGUACAAAGCCCGCCUAGUUGCAAAAAGGUUCACUCAAACAUACGGUAUUGACUACACCAAGACAUUUGCACUAGUAGCAAAGCUGAAUACUAUAUGGGUUCUCUUGUCCUUGGCAGCAAACCUGGAUUGGCCACUCCAUUAGUUUGACAUCAAAAAUGCUUUUCUGAAUGGUGAGCUAGAGGAAGAAGUAUUCAUGACACUACCACUGGGAUUUUAUAAGGAGGGAAAAGAAACCAGAGUAUGUAGGUUGAAGAAAUCUCUAUAUGAGCUCAAGCAAUUACCAAGAGCGUGGUUUGAUAGAUUUGCAAAGGUAAUUAAGAAUCAAGGAUAUCAAUAGGGACAGUCAGAUCAUACCAUGUUCUUCAAACAAUCCAAUGAUGGAAGGAGGACUAUUCUGAUCGUGUAUGUCGAUGACAUCAUACUCACUAGAGAUAACAUAGGAGAGGUGGAGAGAUUGAAGAAGGUCUUAGCCAAAGAGUUUGAGGUAAAAAAACCUAGGUCAAAUGCGAUAUUUUUUGGGAAUGGAAGUCGCCAGAUCAAAGAAGGGAAUACUAGUCUCCCAGAGAAAGUAUGUUCUUGAUCUUUUGACUGAGAUUGGUAUGCUUGGUUGCAAGCUAAGCAAUACCCCGAUCGAGGUAGGGAAAAGAAUGGAAGACGUUGGAAAGCCUGUGGAUAGAGAAAGAUAUAAGAGGCUAGUUGGUAGAUUGAUCUACUUAUCUCACACUAGACCUGACAUUGUUUUCGCUGUAAGUGUGGUCAGUUAGCAUAGGCAUUCACCAAAGGAGAGUCACCUAGAAGCAGUAUAUAAGAUUCUCAGAUAUCUGAAAGGUUCUCCAGGGUGAGGUCUAUUCUUUAAGAAAGGAGACAGUAAGAAGAUAGAGAUCUAUACAGAUGCAGAUUGGGCAGGCUCAGUAUAAGACAUAAGGUCUACUACCGGCUACUGUACCUAUGUUUGGGGAAAUCUAGUAACAUGGAGGAGUAAGAAGCAGAGUGUGGUAGCCAGAAGUAAUGCCGAAGCUAAAUUCAGAGCUGUUGCACAAGGGAUGUGUGAAGGGCUAUGGUUACAAAAGCUUUUGGAGGAACUACAUAUCACAGUAGAGUUCCCCAUCAAACUCUACUGCGACAACAAAGCUGCUAUCAGUAUUUCCCAUAAUCCUGUUCAGCACGACAAGACUAAACAUAUAGAAGUUGACAAGACAUUUUAUAAAUGAGAAAAUUGAGAAAUGGACAAUCUGCAUGACCUAUAUUUCUACUAGAAAACAAUUGGCAGAUAUAUUCACUAAGGGGUUAUAGAGGUCUAAGUUUGAAGAGUUUAUUUGCAAGUUGGACAUGAUCAACAUUUAUGAUUCAACUUGAGGGGGAGUGUUGAAAUUCUGAAUGAUUUGAAAAGGAUUUGGAGGAGAUUGUGGUAAAAGAUUGAGAUUGAGUCCAUAAUAAGAUCCAAUAUUUAGAAUGUUUAGGCUGAUUAUUUGGGUUUAAUUUUAUGUUUCCAUAUUUGUUCUCUAUGUACAUGUUAAAUAGGGACCGAGUAUGAAAACAAUAUUUGAACUAAUUGAAUAAAAGUGUGGUUCAAUUUCCAUAUUCUCAUCGUCUUUAGCAAGUCUCGCCCAUUUUAUACUCAUGGAUACAAUACAACUCCCAAAACUAUUGAGCCAACUUGCACCAUUUAACCUUUAAUUGCGUUUUGAUGAUUGACAGAAGGGAUAUUUUCCACUAAAAUCAUUUCUCAAGUAAGAAUAAAUGCAUAAACAAUAUUUUUCCAACACGUGGACUGGAAAGUCGACUCUUGGCACAGAAAGUCUACUCUUGACAUGGAAAGUCGACUUCUACAUAGCUUUAGUCAACCCAAAAGAGAACUAGAUAUGCAGAGUUGACCUGGUCGAGAACCAAUCUCUAGACACUCGACUCCCGGUCUUAGAAAUCGACUCUCACCAUACUAAAGUUGACUCCUGAACUAGGAAAGUUGACUUUUCAAACCCAAAAACGCGAGGAAUGAAGACGAGACCGAAGCAAAUGCACACAAUAUCAACAAAUCUUGCAUUGCUCUAACCUAACCAAGAAAACGCCAUUCCUUUGAGAGAAAUAGGGUGAACCAAGACCUCGUUUGAGACUUCCAACAAGAGUCGCCAACAUUUGGGAAAAAUCAAAGGGGGUUAGAAAGAAAGGAAAUGAAAUCCACAAUAUCCGAAAAUGGGGCUUCAAGAGCACAUCAACAAGAUGAAAGAUUCAUAAAUACUGAAUCAAAAAGGAAGGAUUUACUGUUGUAUUAGAAAAAAGAAAAGGAGAAGAAAUGGAAGUUGCAAUUAAAAUGGAGAAAAGGAAGAGAACUUGCCUUGAUGAUUAAACUCAAAAGGAGGAAGCAACCUACUGAAAAAUCUGGAAAUCCCACCAUUUGAAGCUCCAAGCCAAGAAGAAGAAGAAGAAGAAGAAGAAGAAGAAAGGAGAGAACGAGAGAGAGAACGAAAGAAGAAGAAGAGAAGGAAGAAGUUGAAGUAGGGGGGAGGGCUAGCCUGCCCACCAUUUUCACCAACUCCCCCAUUUUCUUUAUCUUUUCUUUUCCUUUUUCUUUUAUUCCACAAUUCAACAUAUACACACACGCACACAUAUAUUAUCCCUUUUUCCAUUCUUUUAAAUAAAAUAUAAAACAUAUACACACACACGUCAUUUAUUAACUCGUAAGGGGAGUCUACUGUAAUUAUAGAUAGUAAAGGGGUGAAAACAGUAUAAAUUGAAAGCUAGCUGCAAAGGGUUGUACUUAGUUGCUGCAUUAGCAGCUGGUACAUUCACAUGCACAUGUAUGCAGUUAUAACACAUGGGAGGUUAAGAAUUCAGCUAUAUAUAGUGUUGAUUUCUCUUCCACGGAUAUAUUAAAAAUAUGAGAAUAUUUUGAUCUCUCUCUCUCUCUGAUUUAUCUCCCUUAUUUCUGCAUUCUUCUCUCUCUCAAUAUCUUUCCUUCUCUCUCGAUCUUCCUGUUUGAUCAAGAACCAUUGUCAGCAUUUGAGAAGCUGACAACACACUCGGUGGCUUCUUCCAAUCCAAAUCCAAUCCAUUGCUAAUUUUGACUUAUCAACCAUUAUGCACAUACCUCAUUUCUUGACUUUUCAACAUACUCACAUUCAUGCUUUGACUUUUCCACAUUAUAUUAUCUUUCAUUAUUUUUGCCUCUUUAACAACACAAAAUGAUUUCAACAUAGCGAUCAAUUAAUGGCAAAAAUUAUAACACAACGUAGACAUAUUGAUAGCACGCCCUAGGCUUGCUAACGGCUUGUUACAAUAGGAUAUUUAUCAGGAAAUCUAGGGAUUCAUUCAUAAAUAUGAGAUGGUGAGAUAUUAAUGAAGAUAUGAUCUUUAUUAAAUAUUGUCAUGAACCUAGGGUUCAUAACGAACUGAAAUUGGCAUUUGGAGGGAUCCAAGAGGCUUAGGAUUAGGGACAGAAAGUUUAGAGGGAUAUUUGGACAAAAAUGGGGAAGGAUGUAGAGAGAAAUGAGGGAGAGAUAGAAGAACAGAAGAGUGGAAGAAGAACGAGAGAGGAAGAAUGGUAGAGAGAAAAAAUUAGAAUUUCAAUUCCAUAAUUUUUCAGCAUCCUAAUAGCACCCAUGUGCUCUAACAACUUGUAAAAAUAUCAUAACAAACCAUUGGAACCUUAUUACAAUGAUGCCUUUCUAUUAUUCCUUGGGUCAUGACAAUUCCCCCCCUAUUGAGAGAGUUUUUGUCCUUAAGAACUUGCAGCAACUAUUUAUUACUUUUCAUCCAAUACUCGCUUUCUCAAUCCGUUUCAUUCUUCUUGCUUGCUGGCAUCUUUUAGGCCUCUUUUUCGUUCUUAGGUUUCCAAGAUCCAUCCCAAGCAUACUUUGGCCUAGUGCUUCAAUUGAAGAAAUCUGAUCGAGUUCAAGUUCGAUGCCCCCACCUUCUGUAAUAGCUGGCCGACCAAAAUCGGUCUCCCUUUCCAAUACAAGGAUGGAUAACGAAUCUACAGCCAUAGUUGCCUUUACUGUGUUCCUAUUCAACCCAUGGCCAAUCUCUGUUGCAAAAAUAUCAACAUCUUGGAAAUAUAGUGGUAAAGAGUUGUAGACUUGCCUUGGGUGCUCAAACCAAUGCUGUUUGUGAGCAUUGGAAUUAGGGGCUGUUGUGAUUUCAAUCCUUGAUUUAUUAGCUUCCAGCUCUUGUAAAGUGUGAUCUUUACAGAUCUCCUCAUCCAAUCUACUUUCAUGUUUUGAAUCCUUAGUUACCAUUGAUAAAUUGGCUUUGAUUCCGGCAACAACUUCCUUAUUAUUGAUUGAUUUUUCCGUUGGUUCCUCUUGAUUCCAUGCAAGUAAUCUAGCAGCUUCUUUUUCUCCGUCUUCGUCGAGAUAUUUCUCUACAUGCACUUCUCCUUCAAAAGGAUUCGUGGGCUCCUUUUGAUCUACUGUCCUAUCAACUUGAUCAAUAUAAUUUUCCUUGAGAUUAUGCUUUUCACCACCAAAGUUACUCUCAAUAUUGCAACCAUCUUUCUGGUCACUGCUGCCUUCGUCAAAAUGUUUCUUUUUCUACCCAAAGUCUAGAGUAGGCAGUGAAUCGAUCGUUCGUAAUCUUGUCUUCUCCUUUAGCUACUCCACUCCUAGGAAUUCCUCCUUGUUAAGAUUUCCGUGAUAAUCAUCAAAAUAUUCCAUCGAAAAGUUGUAAUGAUACUUCUUAAUAAGUAUCAUCGCGAACUCUUGUAACUUCUCGCGGAACAUACUGUUAGGUCACCAAUACGGCAAACAUACCAAAGGCGUAACAAGGAUCAAGGGAAUAUGGGUGACACCGCAAAGGGGAGUAACGGCCAGCAUGUGCGUCAGGGGUAGAAUAGGCACUUGGCUGGUUUGUGUAACAAACCAGCAUGUGCAUGGGCUGGAGGGAUAACAACCUAUAAAAAGGAGGUUAGAAGGGAGAGAAGGGGGAAGAAUUUGGAGUUUCUGGUAGGAGAGUCCUGGGCCUCUCGAAUGCCCACUUUUGUUGCUUAUUUCCAUUGUUUCUCCUUGUAAUUGAGAGUUGCAAUAUAGUCGAAAACUCACCUAAUUCUCUGGAAAAUCCUACCUAUUGUGUUGAAUCUCAUCAAUUUGGUAUCAAAGCAUUUGUCGAUCACCAUGGUGAACUUAACAGAGCGGGUAGGGGACCUGGAGGAGAAGGUAGACACGAUGAGGGGCGAGAUUCAAACAAUAAACCGCAACGUAGUAGAAAUGCUCGAACAGUUUGCCAUCUUGCGAACAAGGUGGGACGAACAGGAACGAGAGAGAGGAAGGCUAAGGCCCAUGGGGGUGGAUGGCCAACGGAAUUUACCCCAGAUUCCGAAGUGACCCCGGGGGGCGGCAUGAACCACGGAAUGGAGGGGGGCAUGAGUGCUGCAUGGCGUCAGGAAGGGAGAGGUCGGCGACCGGUAAUGCCAACCUUCGUGGGAGACAACCCAGACGAUUGGAUUUUCAGGGCGGAGAGGUACUUCUCGAUCAACUAGCUGUCCGAUGAUGAGAAGAUCGAGUCCGCCGCGUUGCGCUUCGAGGCAGGGGCCCUCGCUUGGUUCCAGUGGGAGUCUAGGCGCAGGGGGAUCCACAGUUGGGAAGGGCUCAAGCAGGGAAUUCUCAACCGAUUCCGUUCAACUCAAGAGGGGUCGCUAGAGGAGAGGUUCUUGGCUCUACGACAAGAUGGUGAUGUCAAGGAUUAUCGGCUGAUGUUCGAGACUUUGGCCGCUCCAGUGUCGGACAUCUCUGAGGCGUUCUUGGAAGGCCAUUUCAUCAACGGCCUUAAGCCAGAAAUCAAGGCGGAGAUCAGGGUGCUGCAACCUCGGGGGUUGGAUCGGAUCAUGAUGAUGGCGCAGUGUAUCGAGGAUAAAAAUGCAGCCAUACUCAGCUGCAGUAGGGUGUGCGGACCAGCGAGGAGCAAUUUCCCUACCCACUCUACAACUGACGUUGUUCAAACCCUUCCCAUACAAUCAAGAAGCUCGACUCCUCAUUCGAGAGUCUUUGGUCAGGUGAGCAACAAACUGCCAGCGGCUAGUAGUGGCAGCAAUGGCUCUUUUUAAUGACUCAGUGAGGCCGAGUGGAAAGCCAAAAGGGAAAAGGGAUUAUGCUUUCGUUGUGAUGAGAAAUAUUCAGUUGGGCACAGGUGUAAGAACAAGGAGCUACACGUUAUGAUGAUUUACGAUGAAGAAAGGGAAGAGGAAGGAGCCGAGGUGGAAACAGGAGAUGGAAGAGAAGAAGAAGAGGAAGUUGGGCAUGGCAGUGAGGUCAUCAAACUCUCCAUGAAUUCAGUGGUGGGGUUGAGAACACUGCAAACAAUGAAGCUACAAGGGGAUAUAGAAGGGCAACCAAUGGUAGUACUUAUUGAUGAAGGGGCAACGCACAACUUUAUAGCUGCAGAAUUGGUGCAGCAGUUGGGGUUGCCAAGAACAGAAACUACUGGUUAUGGGGUGAUCAUGGGGACAUGAAU